AUCACACAUCUUGUUCUUACCUUGUUCCUUCACGUUUAGCGCGACUGUCAUUACAUAGUUCUGCGUUACGUUGUGUCUGUCCUGAAAGUGUUGAAUUACCCGUGUUCUUGCUGUAAUUGGUACCCAACGAGUAGCCGUUGUUGUAAUUGUUUGCUAUUUGUUAGUUUUGUGUGCCGGUAUGUGAUCGAUGUUUUUUGUUAAACAGUCUAAAUGGCCGAUCGUUUAACGCAGCUUCAAGAUAUUGUUAAUCAGCAAGCGGAUAACUUCUGUAAUAGCAUUGGCAUUUUACAGCAGUGUGCCUUACCAUCUAAAUUCUCCAACUUUGACCGAAACGGUUCUCAAACUCCUCAACAACAAGAAGAUUAUACUAGUUUAUUUUCUUCUCUUAUUACUCGUUGUGCGAAAGAUAUUGAUGUUUUAAUUGAAUCAUUGCCCAAUGACGAUACUUCUACAGAUUUACAAGUUGCAAGUCUAAGAAGAUUAGAACAAGAAAACCAGUUGGCUGCUGAACGCUUAGAGGAAGUAGUUCGAAAAGGUGAAUUUCUUCUUGAACAGAUACAAGCGGCUCUUUCAGAUAUUGCUCAGCAACAAUUAGAUAUACAGCAAAGUGGUGAUAAUCAUAACGGUUAAAUAAAAUAUUAUACAAUGAAAGCU